UUUAAGCAGGACAGAGAAAUCUCCAAAUUCUCAGUUUUAGGGUUCCACUUCUUCUGGAAAAAUCAAGCUAAACCCGUAACUGAAGAAACGCCAAAUUCUUAGUAUUAGAUUAUUGAUUGUACUUCUUAAUCAUGGAGGAAAAAUCAGCAACAGUAGCAGUGGAUGAAAGAAGUGAAAGGAGGAGAAACCCACCACCAUUACCAAAUUCAGCAGCACCAUGGCUAGUAAUACCAUUUGAAGAAGGUAAUAAUCAGACCCAAGGUUUCUAUAAUAUCUGUGAACCAAACAACAAAACAAUUAGAAAAUCUAUACCUGAAUUGAAUGGUAGUAACACAUUUUAUCAGAAACCAUCUCAUCAAGGAUGGUUAGUUAUUCGCCGUGAUGAUGAAGAUGAAAAAUUGAAUCCUGGGGUCUGUUUUUUAUGAAAUCCUUUAUCAUUAGAGACUAUUCAGUUACCUAAUUUGAAAGAUUUACUUCACCCUAUAUACGAUGAUGAUGAAUUUAGUAUUCAGGAUGGUGUAUUUCCUUGUUUAGUUGCCGCUGAAAAUUAGUGGUACUAAUCUUGUGAAUGAUAAUGAAUCAAUGGUUUAUUUCCUUGUUUUGGGACGUGUUAAUUUAAUUAUGUAUUGUCGAAUUGGGGAUACAAAAUGGACAACAUUAGAGAUUCCUAAAGGAAUUGUAGCUGGCAAAGAUAUGGCUUCACUCAUUUACUUUAAAGGCAAGUUAUAUGUGAUGUGUUGUAAUGAUCAUUUUCAGCUUGUGGUUGAAAGGCUACCACUACGCUGUUGUAAUUGCGAUUGUAUUAGCCUUGGAAUUAGACGGUUUGAGGUCAGUACUGACAGUUUUGUGUUUCCAUAUAGAGGAGGAUACUCGUGUGUAGGUAAAACAUACUUUCUGGAGUCGGAUGAGGAAAUAUACAUGAUUGAAAUGGUGUGCUUGGAUAAAAGCAGACACCUUAAUUAUCUGGUCGUCUCAAUAAAUGUGUCGAGGUUGGAUUUCUCUAGUAUGUCUUGGAAGGAAGUGAAUACUUUAGGUGAUACAGUGCUAUUUCUUGGUGAAGAUACUAAUGCUUUCUGCUCGGCGGCUGAGUUGGGUCUUAGCAAGGGUUAUCUGUAUUACACAUUGCACAAAGAUCAAAGUUUGUACAUGUUUGAUAUAGAGGACAAAUGUACUAUGACUAUUUUGCCUUGUUCCAAGUUGCCAACUUCAUGGUUUUCCUCUCAGUGGAUAAUGAUGCCUCAACCAACUGUCAGUGUCUCUGUUGAUGGAAGAAUUAUGGAAGAUUUGUCAAGAAAAGUUAGACAAGAGGAUUACACAAUAAGAGCGGAGGAAAUCAAAGAAAUAAUAAGCCAAGAUGACAAUGAGAAUCUGAGGAAAAAACAGAAGAAGGAAAAUCCAGAUGAACCAAGACCUUGGAUGGUCAUUAAUGAGGACAUUGUGGACUCGAUUGCAAGCCAUUUACAUCCGGUGGAUUUCUUACAUUUCCGUGCAGUCUGUAAAGCAAAUAAGCUUCCAAUAGUAAAGCAGAUUUCUGGGGCUAUGAGAAGCACGUAUUUAACUCCAUGGCUGUUGUUUUCAACAGAAAAUGCUUCUCGCUACAAUUUUGUAGAUCCAAUGCAUAAUAACGAGAAGUACCUCAUGAACCUCCCUGAAUUGCUAGCAGGUGCUAUUGUUCGUUGUCAAAGAGGUGGUUGGCUAUUGAUGUUGAAAGGUAGGUUUACUUUUUUCUUUUACAAUCCCUUGACAAAAGAGACCAUUCAACUUCCAGAGUUGCAAAGUGGUUAUUGCUGUGCUGGUAUUACAUUCUCCUCUUUACCAACUUGCUCAGACUGUUUAGUUUUUGGCAUUACGCAACAAAAUGAAGAAGAAAUUUCCAUUUGCAUAAUUAAAAGGGGAGCUGAUCGUUGGGAAUUUGAUUUCUUUGAAAAUAGUGAUUUGGAGAAGUUCAUGCCGACUUAUAACGAACCAGUUUUUCACAAGGGAUCUUUUUAUUGCGUAGAUUCUAAUGGAACGUUGGGAGUUUUUAAUGAGGACAGUUGGGAAGUCCUCAAAAGGCCUCAUGGAUACUCUAAUGCUGCAUAUGUCAGCUUCUUGGUGGAAUGUGAAAACGAGGUUUUAUUGCUAUUGCCCCGAAAAGUUGCAUGGAGAACAAAGUCUAUUUCCCGAGAUUGCAUGACGAACGGAUUUUGUACUACUCGCUUGAGACAGGUAGUUAUCAUUCAGUUGGAAGUACGCAUUGUGCCAAGGAUUAUUUUGAUACGAAGAGUUGGACAAACUGUACUUGGAUUGAACCUAAUUGGUCACGGUCCACAUCUCAAGAGCUCGUCUGGCUUAACAAUAAACAUUGAUAAGAUCUUUUCCGGACUACAAGAUGACUUUGCUGUCUGUAUGUACAUACAUGGGUUAUGUUUCUUCGUAAGUUUGAGUGGAGGUAGCAUUGAAAUUUUGCAAUUUUUGUAUGUGCAUAUACAUGUUUGUAUUUACGCAGCUGGAAUUUGGAGUUUCUUGGGCAUCAUGAAUGCUUGGGCCGGACAUGUUUUUGCUUUUUCUUUUUUUUUUUUUAGGGAAAUUCAGGGGCAUCAUUUGAAAGAGAGGUUUGCUGGUUCUGAGAGUUGGAUUCCUCACAUUCAGACCAUUGCAGAAGCUGUUGAGCGUUGGUAUUUCAACAGAAAGGCAAUUUAGAAGUCUGUUCAUCUGGGAAGAAGAUAUGGAGCAAGUCCUUACACUGGGAUUGGCUAAUGCUAGACAAGUAUUCCCUGAAUUUCAGAUGACCGACUGCUGUUAAUGCCUGUUUUCGGAUUUUUUUUUUCUUGUUGAAAUUAACUUCCAAUGCUCGUGGUAUGUUUUUAAACCUUCUCUCUCGCUCUUUUUGACGGACAACUGCAGAAGCAGUUGGGGAUUGGUAUUUCGACAGAGAGCACUGAGGAGACUGUCUGUCCAUGACGAUUUGAGCAAAGACUUGGUACAGGCCUGAAAGCAGCCCCCAACAUCGGAUACUGAUUUUCCCUCUUCUCGCUAGACUGAACUUUGUGUAUUCAGCAACCAAAAAAGAAAGAAGUCUAGAUUAUAGACCCAAGCAAUCCUACUUGUCACCAUUCAGGCUUCUUUUCAUGAAGCAAUACGAGGUUAAAUCAAAUUACCAGGUAAAAUCUGCUGCUCAGCAAAAACUUACAGUCAGAAACACUAUGCAGUGCUUUCAAAUUUGAAAUGAACGCGUAAGGGAGCUACAAUUUUCAGGUCAUUCUAUAUUUUUUUGAAUUUCCGUAGGCCAGUUAUUGUUUCCUUGGUCAUAACUGGUGUACCAAAUUUGAACCUAUACGUCAACGAAAAUCCCGAAUUCUCCAAUUUUUGUGUGCCGUUUUUCUGUCAAUCAUUCAUUCAAUCUUAGCUUUGAUAAUGAAACCUGUAAUAUACACUGUUGUCAG